UCUAUGGAAACAAGCUCACAGUUCCAAACUCAUUUACUCGGACUCCGGAACCUCAAUAUAAUUAUAAUGAUUAUUGUCAUGAAUUAAAGAAAAAUAUGCAAGAAGCUCAUCAACUAGCUAAGGCACAACUACAAACUAACAAGAUUGAAUCAAAGAAUCGUUAUGACCAAAAGCUAAAAUCUCUAAACCUAAACCCUGGUGACAAAGUAAUGAUGCAAGAAAAGCAAAGCAAAGGAAAACUAGCACCAAAAUGGCUAGGACCCUAUAUUGUUAUAGAAUCUCUCCCAGACUCUCCAAAUCUAACAAUACUAAAAAAGAAUAAACCAGUCACUCUGCAUAGAAAUCUAUUUAAAAAGUUUCAUGAAAGGAAUUAAACUAUGUUUCAGAAUCAGCAUGAUUACUCUACAACCUAUACAAUCUUCAAUCAAGAAUCUCGAAAUGAGUGAUUUCAACAGACCAUUCACAUCAAUGUUUAAUGUAACAUCCUUCGAAAACAAUCAAGGACUGUACUAUGAGUCAUAUGGAGAUAUUAGAUUAUCACAUCUCAGUUGGAAGUUGGUGACUUAUCUCGACCUUGAUACAUUAAUUUCGAAAUACGCUAUGAUAAUGAAAUACUAUGAAGCGACUACAGAGAUUUGUAAGAAAAUGACAGAACGUUUUGGAAGUGUGGAAAUCUCUAACACUUGUGAACUAUUCAUGCAACAGUUUUCUCGAGCAACAUUACCUUACUUAAAUGAAAUUGACGCAAAUCAUCGUAGUUUGAUGUUAGCCAUUGGUUAUACACAUACAGAGGAGACUAGGAUUCGCCGAGGAUUGGGAUCUGCCUUUAGGCGUGUGGCCAACGUUCUAUAUGGCAUAUGCUCAAAAAUCGAUAUUGAAUUCAUAAUAAGCAGAAUAAUGGAGUUAAAUAGAACCAAAGUUAACAGCUUAAACUUAACACCAGAGAAGAUAAGAAUAUCACAAACAGAAACAAACCACGCUACACAGCAAAUUCAAAAGCAACAACAAAAGCUGGAGGAAAACCUUCAAUUCCUACAACAACAAACAAAUAAUAGUAUUAAAAACAUUAAUAGACUAGAAUUUAAAACCAGAAUAUUAGAACAAGUUUUAUUAUUUGAAGUAUUACUGAACAAGUAUGCAUACGAAACCCAGAAUCUCGUAGCCAUAUUAAAUACAGCAAUAGACGGAAAAUUACACACUAGUAUGUUCACACCACAAAAACUAUACAGAGAAUUGUUAGAAAUAAAAAUGGACAUACCUAUCGGAAAUGCUCUUCCAUUGGAAGUUAACACGGAAACUCUAAUCGAGUUUUACAGAAUAUCCGAAAUCACUAUUAUUCACAAAAAUAAUUAUUUAAUAUACGUUAUGGAAAUCCCUUUAAUUUCCAGCGAUGAGUAUACUAUGUAUCACCCGAUACCCUUACCGAUACAAUACAAUGGGAAUACAAUAAUAUUAAUUGAUCCAGAAUUAGACUAUAUAGGAUUUAGCCGAGACAAUGAACAUUUCCUAACGUUAAGAUUAGAACAAUGGGAAAAAUGUGUACAAGCAACACCCUACAAAAUCUGUAAGGACAUUCAACAAAUUCACUACAGUGCAGCAUCCGAGUUAUGUGUUAUCUCAUUAUUCACAAAUCACCAAUCAAGCUCAAAUAAUUGCAAGGUCAAGUUUUUAUCUUUACAUUCAUCAAUCUGGCAUAAAUUAUCCCAAACUAACUCUUGGAUAUAUUAUAGUCAACCCGAGAUAGGAACCAUAACUUGCCAGAAUUCUUCACAAACUUCUAAAAUUGAGAUUUCAGGUGUAGGAAGGCUGACUUUAUCUCCUUUAUGUAAAAUCCAUAUAGGAAAUUCUAUACUUUUCACAACUAAUCGACCAAUUAAGAAUACCCUACAUGAUAUUAUACCAGAUUAUAAAAAAAAUAACUUAAUGAAACUUUUGGAGGAAUCCGUUAAGAACGUUUUACCCCAGAACAUUACGGACAACAUCCUUAGUAAAGAUCUUAACCAUUUAGUAAAUAUAGCAUCUGACAUUAGUAAGCUUCCACACGUUUCCUCAGAACCUUUAUUAAUAUUAAGAAUUGAAUUUUAUGUAAUAACUAUUUAUGUAUUUGCCAUAUUUUUCGCUAUGACAAUUAGUAUAAUAAUUUAUAAAUUAAGAAUUAACCGUAUUAAAACAUACAACCCUGAGAUACCAGAUAGUAAAUCAAGUAUUAGUCAGGUUGAUAUUCAAGUAUAAAAUUAAUUGUAUUCAGUAGUUUAUUUAAUCAGUACAAAUUGUAAUUUUUAUUUAUUUUUUUUUCUCUUUCUUACUGUAAUGGCACUGACCUCCUCAGAAAAUUUCGAAUCCUCGCAGACACUUAGGAUUGGGUGAAACUCGGUGGUCAUAGGACCCCCGUGUUUCAUUUAGUUUGGGGGGUGUUAUGAACCCCUGAAUCAUAUUAUAAUAUAUAAUAUUAUUUCUACAUGAUAUUUUUUAAGACCAUCAGGAAUAGUGUGUUAUACGACGGCGAGACCGUGGAAUCCGCUGACAUAGGAUUUUGAUUGUGACACGGAGCGUCGUCGUCCAAUACACUAUACGGGAGGCCAGGCAGUUUUUAGUCUUAAUAUUACGUCUGAACCGAUACAUUGUCAUUAGCCGUAGUAAAUAAUAAAAAUAUAAUUUUUAUUUAAUUA